ACCAAUGGUUAACUCUGGUCGUCCCUGAACUCCGGACAGACGUUUGUUUAUGCUAUCCACUCUCACAUGCUAACGGUGUAUUGUACAUUCGUUUUAAUGUUUUCUCCACAAUAAUGCACGGUUCUCAUCCUUCUUGAGGAGUACACACCUACGUUUUACGUUUACACGGAGGAAACUGUUGUUGAAAUACAUUCGUAUUUUCUGCGAAGAUGAUAGAAGUGGUGGCCUCCAUGGCCCGGGGCCCUGUGCUCCUGGCCGGGGAGGUGAUGGAGUGUCUCAUCACGUUCACCAACCCGAUGUCCCACCUUUCGACGUCUGCUACAAGUGAGAUGCUUGCGUGGGCCAGUGCCCAGAUCCAUUGCCAGUUUCACGCCAGUGAAAACAGAGUGGCCCUGCCGGUUCAGGGCAACAAACAGGAUGUGCAGGCUGGGAGCGACACUGUCCUCAUCCCGAGUCGAGGAGAGCGAGGCCAGUGCAUGCUGGACACACCCCCAAAGAUACUGUUCUGUGACCUCCGUCUGGACCCCGGGGAGAGCAAGACAUACGCCUACAGUGAGAUGGUGCCCGUGGACGGCCCCCCGAGUUUCCGCGGCCAGGCGGUGAAGUACGUCUACAAGCUCACCAUCGGAUGCCAGAGGGUCAACUCCCCCAUCAAACUGCUGCGGGUUCCCUUCAGAGUGCUGGUGCUGCAGGGCUUGCCAGAGCCUCCCUUCCCCCAGGACGAGGAGGUGUCCCCCUCCAACCCCUUCCUGGAGGAGGAGGAGGCCAGCCGCCGGGACGUCCGGCACCUGGAGAGAGCCCUGGACACGCUGAUGGUCAACACCUCCCGCCGCUGUCCCAGCAUGUUCAACAUCACCAACAUGCGGGGCAAAGUGGCCAAGUUCUGCAUUUUCAAGAUCGCCUACAGACUCGGAGAGGAAAUCAUCGGGACUUUCAACUUUUCAGAGGGAGACAUCCCCUGCUUACAGUACUCGGUGAGCCUGCAGAGCGAGGAGGAGAUCCAGCAGCCGUACCAGCGGCGGCCGGGCCAGGCGGUCAGCGUGACGGGCCACGGCCGCCACGUGGAGCCCUGCCUCCACACGGCCUCCAGCCACUUCUCCCUCCCCGUGCCGCUCAACAUCACGCCGGGCUUCAGCACCGACAUCGUUACCCUGAGGUGGCGCCUGCACUUUGAGUUUGUCACCGCCCGAGAGCCCAUGGAACCGCCCACUAUCACUCAGAACCAAUCAGAGGUGACAGUCUGGACGGGGGCGGAGAACGUCGACGUGGACACUUUCAGUUGGGACCUGCCAAUCAAAGUGCUGCCCACCAACCCGGCCUUGGCCUCGUACAUGUCCCAGUUUACAGGGACCAACUGCAUCAACAUCUGAUGAUUUGCUGUGUUCCUAUUGGUCAAGGACUUGAGAGGGUGUGCUCUAUGAACGGGAAGGGUCAAUUUGUGAACUUAUGCAGAGGCUCACUUAUAUGCGAUCGUGUGAUCUGAACCAAACUGUGUGCUAACAAGUAUAUAUUUUUUUCAUAAAAUAAGCUAUGCAUUCCGGGAAGAAAUGCAAAUGUUUGAUAUUGUAUAUGCAGAAUGGUGAAUAGACUUUAUAUGUAUGCAACAUCAUGCAACAUUUUUUUUUUCCUCUUUCUUUUGAGUAUUUUGACCUGUGAUUUCCAUGCAAGUCCUUUAAACCUGAUCUUCCUUUUCGGAGAUGGAGAGAAAUUAUCUAAAUCGCAGCUUUCACUGUUGUUAUUUGACAUUCUCUUCAUGUUCUGUUGUUUGCCUGUACUGUUUGAAGCACAUUAACAAUAUGUCAUGGCUUUUUUUUUUAAUCUUAGCAAUGAUUUCCACUGUUAAAUAGGCCAGGCUUUAUUUCCCAAUGGCUGUACAAACAGUGGCUGAAAUAAAACUGUGGUUUGGA